AUGCAAAGAGUUUCAAAAUGUAAUUCUCUUUAAAUCAAUUUUAGGGAUUUCAAAAAUGGAUAUUUUUGGAUAAUAAAUCACAUUACGAAUGAAUAGAUAAAGCUCAUACAAAACAGUUUUUGGAGGUUGUUCUUCUUUGAUUUUGUUAAUGAUUUUAAUUUUGAUAUUCUCAUCAAACAUUACAUCCUUUUUAAACAAAGAAAAUUUAAGUGCUACAGUUUUGACUGAAUUUGAAGAAAUUCCAUCUUUGUCAUUAAUUGAUGAUUCAUUCUUUUUAUUCGCUUUGUAAAUUGAUUAAGAGAAUUUUUUAACUAAACCUUUUUAUGACAUUAAAAUAGAUUAGUUAAGAAUUAAAAAAUUUUUGAAUGGGUCAACAAUUUAAACAGAAAAAGAAAUUAAGUUGAUACCUUGUACUUUAGAUCGUUUUAAUAAAAUAUUUUCUUAAUUUGGAAGAGACAUGACAGACUAAUUCAAUUAAUUUAAAUUACAUGACUUUUUGUGCUUUGAGUAAGUGGUUUUAAUAAUAUUUAUAGCUUUAACCAAUCAUUUUCAAUAUAAGGAUCGUAUUCAAGUAUAAAAAAUAAAUAACUCCUCUAGAUUUAGAAUUUGAAUUUUUAAAAAUACAAGUGUCAGAGUGUUCUAACAAAACUAACUGUGCUUCUAAAGAAGAGUUGUAAAAAGAGAUUGAUAAAAAUGGUGCUUUUAAAAUUAAAUUAAUUCCUAUUAAUAAAGUAUCAAAUAAAUAAUCUUAUAGAUUUUAAAUCCCUAUAAGCCAGAAGAUAAUUAUUUAUAAACGUUUUUAGAUGAUUCAUUUUUUUUUAGAUUUCUACCCUCAAAUAUAUAUAAGUCUGUGGAUCUCUUUAUAAAAGAAUAUGAGGUUAUUAAUGAUCAAAGUCUAUUUCCAUUAAGUUAGUUGGAAUAUUCAAAGAUUUACACUAUAGAUCAAACGGAGAUGAAAGAAAGGACAGAAUUAUAAAAUAAUAAAGCAUAAUCAUUUGUACAAAUUUAAAUAAGGAAAAGUCCUUAUAAAAUAAAAAUCUAUAGAAAAUAUUUAAAAAUAGAUGAGUUAUUAUCUAAUUUAGGAGGUAUUUAAUAAAUCUUCAUUUUUUUUGUUGGAGCUAUCCUAACAAUUUAUAACAGAUUUUAACGUAUUUUAAUAUAUUAUAUUUCAGUUCUCGUUGAAUUAGCAAAUAAAUUGUAUGAAUUUUCACUUGUUUCUUUUUAAAAAGAAAAAUAUUUUUAAGAUAAUCUAAAUUUAGUGAAUUAAAUGAUAUAGAAUAAACAAGAUAAAAUCCCAUUUUCAGAAAAACCUCGAAAUUCUGAUGCAGAUUUAGAAAUAUAACCUUUGCAUUCAAGUUAAAUUAAUUAAAAGUCAAAAAAUGAGCUAUUGAAAUUUAGUGAUUAGAUAAGUCCUUCAUUAUAAUAAUAAAAUCUUUAAAAAAAAUAAGUUGAAAAUAACAUAAAAAAAAAUAAAUUUAUAUAUGAACAGGAAGCAAUGGCAUUGAAAUUAAAUUGUACAAAUGGUUUAGAAUACUUUUAAUUACAAAUAUAAAAUUUAAUUCAAAGAUCAUAACCAAUUUUAAUGACUUUUUAAAUGUUAAUUAAUUUCAUGACAUGCUAAAAAGUAUUUAAAAACAAAAAGCAUAUUUAAUUGAUAAAUAAAGCAAUGUAAAUUAUAUAAUUUAGACUAUUAGUAGUCAAAUAAGUGAUUAAAUUGAUCUAUUUAAUAUACUAACAAAAUUAAAUGACUUAGAAAAGCUUAAAGAAGUAAUUUUUUCUGAGUAAUAAUUAUUAAUGUUCAAUUUUGCUCCAAAGCCUUUGAUAUCACUAGAUAAAACAACUGAAGUAUUCAACAGAACAAUAGUUGAAGAAAGAACAAGAAGCAACAAUACAAAACAGUAUAUUAAUAAUAAAAUAUAGGGAUGAAAUAACUUAGGAGUCAGAUACAUCAAAUAAAAUUCAUUACCAUCUAUAAGCUGAUGCAAAGAUGUACUCAAAAAUUUAUUCGGUAUUUUAUAAAUAAUAUAAUUCGAAGGCUUAUGAUGAUGUUUUACAAGAAGCUGAGAAUGAUUAAGAAUCUUCUAUUUGUAGUAAUUUGAGUAAAUAAAUAAUUUUUAAAUUGGGAGCUGAGGUGUAAACCAUCUUUAAAUUAUCAAAAUUAAUAGAUUUUCAUUAAAAUUAAAAUAAUUCUAGAAGGAGAGGAAUGACCUCUGAUACUUUAAGAAGAGUAUUAUAUUCUAAAAAAUAAAUAUUAUAGUGA